UUACAUCCUGCAUUCUGUUGUAAUGAUGCAGUGAGUUGCGCUAACUUGGUGUGAAAGAGCGCAAAAUCACUUCCUUUAACCAAACUAUGACUAGGUUAAACAUACCCUACUAGCCUACUUGGUUUCUGAGUUUGGACAAGCCGUGAUCUUAACGGUUCGCAGCAAAGCGACGAAACAACUUGUUAUAGGCUAACCCUCGAAGUACCCCUCGCCUUAACCAUAAUGAAAUCAUGAUUGCUUCUCUUCUCGUGACAUCCUCUUUAAUCAUCAGUACAGUCCAAGGAGUGGCAGAUGAAUUGUCCCUUCCAAUACCACAGCUCAAGGAUGCACGUGUUAGCAGCAUAACCAAGACUAUAGAUGUUUUCUGGACAGAUGCACCAUCUUUAAUCGGCAAGCUAGAAAGUGUCAUUAAUGAAAUUGAAGUCUACAACCCUGGACAGAAAGAAGCUGUGCAUAGUGCGUCUGUUGUGAAAAGGCCAAACCUGACAGUCACCCAUGACUGGCAUUGGACCUCCCCCCUGCCACUUGAGUGUCUUUCACAUUCAGUGAGGCUUCGUGUCAGACACCAAAAUAAUGUCAGUGAGUGGACAGAUCACAGACAUGUCUCAGGUUCAGGUUCAGAUCACUCUAAACGUGCGCUUUACCCAGUGGAUCACGUAGGCUUAGUCGGCAGUAAAAAGAAAUUCUGCUGCAUCGUCCCAGAAGGAGAAACAGUCCACAAUGUUACGUUCAAUGACGUGCAGUCAAUGAACUACACCCAUGUGAGCCAGACCUACAUUUUUGAUGUAACACUGGAACCCGACGAUACUAGGGGUGAACAUCAUGUAUCUUGUCAAGAGAAAAAUGGUGGGGGAAGCACAGUUACAGUGUAUGCUGGCUAUUCUCCAGAGGUUCACAACUUUACAUGCGAGACAAGAAACCUCCGUGAUCUUAACUGUUCUUGGACACAGGGUAGAGAUAAAAACCUAAAAGGACUCCGUCGUACCAAAUAUAUUCUUAAUGAGGGUGUAAGGCCAUGUGAAACACAAUUCCAGUCUUCAGACCAGAAGUUCUGUUUCUCAGAAAUAUCUCCAAAUCAGGGGGAAACUGCAUGGAUACUGACAGCAGAAAAUAAAAUCAAUAAAACAAGUUUCACUUAUACAGCUGACCCCAGACACAGAGUGUAUUUGCCGGCUCCUCAACAUCUAAAAGCCUCACAUGUAAACUCCAGGAAUGCUAGUAUUCAAUGGCAUUGGCCUGAUGCCAACCUGAUGUUAUUAUCAAUGCAAUGUCAAGUACAGAUAACGUGGCCCAACAAAACAGAAGAUGUGAGAGAAGACACUGGAGUGGGCCUGAUCUCUAUGACCCUACGUGAUCUUCACCCGUACACUAACUAUUCCAUCAAGGUGCGAUGCGCCUCGAACAAGCACUUCUGGAAGUGGGGAGACUGGGCUGAAAUAAUCACAUUUCAAACCAAAGAGGACAUUCCUCAGGCUGUGGAUGUCUGGAUGACAGUCGACAACAACAACAGUAAUAUUGUGGUGUGGAAGAAGCUAGAGACUGAGCAGAGUCAUGGAGAGGUAAUGUCGUAUGAACUGUCAUGGAGUGGCCUCCAUAAGAAUUUGUACCCAACACAACACUGUUACAACAUGGACACUAUGAAUACGACUAUCACCAUCAAAGCCGUUAACAAUGUUGGCUACUCACAGCCUUCAACAAUCACCAUCCCAUCACAAACAGGAGAUGUGGAGACAACACGUGUUAAUGGCAGUAAUGGCGGUGUGGAGUUGACCUGGGACUCGACGCCUGGGGCCAGUUGUGGGUAUGUGGUGGACUGGUACCCUGUGGGCAGCCAGGACAAGUGUGACAUCCAGUGGAUAAAGAUACCAGCUGGCCAAACAAAUGCUACAAUCAAUUCAGGGUUUAUAGAUGGAGUGAGGUACACAUUUUCUCUAUAUGCCUGCACAACAGAUGCCCCAGAGUUGCAGUGGAGAUGGGAAGGUUAUGGACGAGAGCUGACACCAGAAAGGUCUUCAAGUGCCUUUGCUUCUCAGGAUGGUUUGGAUGUAGUCGUCACCUGGGAUGAGAUACCCUUGGUGCACCGGAGAGGAUUUAUUCAGAAGUAUGCAAUCAGCUAUUCCUCCAUUUCCCAUGAUUACUAUGAAGAGAUUCCAGAGAGUGAAGAAAGGAUGAAACGAAUUCCAAACCCCCGUGGUGAAUUCUACAACUUCCAAAUACGUGCUUUCACAUCUGCAGGUGAAGGUCCAGCUGGGAACUUUUCAUUCGAUCCCAGGCCACAGACUCGCCAGACCAUUAUACGCAGUAUCACGUCACUGGGAUUUGUCAUCAUAAUUGUUGCAGUUUUCAGUAUUCUGUGCUACCGAAAGAGGACAUGGCUGAAAGAGAAGUUAUACCCAGACAUUCCAGGUCCUCAACUUAAUUCCUCUACCUCAAAGGAAAUCCAUGACAUUCAGCUACUUGCGAUCCCUGCUGAGAAUGUGGAUUAUCUCUUGGCUUGUGAAUUGGAUGCUGAAGAUGGAGUAAUUUCAGCUAUACCUGUGACAGACAGUGACUGUUUAGCGCAUUAUAGGAAUGUAACUGGCUCAGACACUAAUUUUCCGGACCGUAAUAUUGGCUCCAGCAGCAUAUUGAGCAGUCCUAAUUUGGUGCUGGACAACCUCACAUACAAUCUGCCAGUGGCUUUUCCUGCGUUGCCCAGUGGCACACCAGUAACCACAGAGGCUGCCACUGGAGGGUACAGCCCUCACCCCCAGGUGUCCCCAGCAUUUUGUCCUCUACCUCCGUGUUCAGAAACUUACCAAGCCCUGGAAGAUGUCUGUUAGACCAGUCAACCUUACCACAUUCUGGAAAAUAUCUGGCAGGCCAGCCAACGUGAGAGUAAUGGGAGAUCUCUUGGAAAGUGAUGACUGUGCUUUUGGCGUAGUUGAAAGCUCUGCCCAGGUCAAACUGUCACAUCCCUUGCAUGGAGAUCCGUUUAGGCACAUGGAGGUCAUGCAUUGUCAACUGGCUCCCUGCUCAGUUUCUUACCAAUCUUGUGUUUAUGUGUAUUUUGAUUAAACAAAUAUGUUCUUUUCAAUGUCAUAGGAUGACAAGGACAUCACUUUUUAAGUACAAAGUAUUAUUGCCUGUAUAAGUAAGGAUUACAUAGACUUACAGAUGCAGAACAAGAGUUGAAACAUUGAAGUGUCCAGCCACCCUUCUACAGUACAUGUUAAUUUUCCCUGCUCCAACUGUUUGGAGCAGUAAAUUGAGAGUGAUGAUUACAUUCCUUGUAGCUUAGUUGGAAAUUCAACAUUUGUCAGCUCUUCAAGGCCCUAAGAUCGAUGUCUUGGGUGGCAUCAUGUGUGUUACGUUUUUGGUAUUUAAAAAAGAAUGUUACAAGAAGAUGCAUUUGCCUAUGGUUACAUUUCUGAUAUGCUAGUGCCACACACACAUUAAGAUUGGCAGCCAAAGGGUAACCAUUCCUGAGUUCAGUCUUCAUACUUAAGUGUUAGCUCCAAAUCUCUGGAAUGCAAUAAAUAAGAUUAGCUGAA